ACAGGGAGCAGGCAGGCCUAGCUAGCCAAUGGCAGUCAUCAUGAAGGUGGUCGUCUUCCUCCUGGUCCUCGCCGUGCUGAUGGCACCGUUCCCGGCGGCCGCCGACAUCUUCUGUGACAACGUGAAGGUUGUCGCGGACGCCCUCCCCAAGAACACCUCCGCCUCCGCUGUGCACUUCGCCACCUCCACUGUCGGCCAGGCUCCCAACGUCGUCUACGCCAUGUCUUUCUGCCGCGGCGACAUCGUCAACGACACCGCCUGCGCCGAAUGCGUGGCCAGCACCUUCGCGAGGAUAUUCCGUGAGACGCCGCCGGAGCUGGAGUGCUACAGGGACGCCUCUUACUUCGUCGACUGCCCCGUCUUCUACUCCGGCGACAACGACACCCUCGCCCCCUUCAGUGCCACGGACGAGCAGGAGCCCUUUGAGCGCUGGAACAUCAACGUCAUCACCGGCGACGACGCCGGCCGCAUCGUUGGCCUCAUCCGCGAGCUGCUCGUCCAGACCGUGCAGAGGGCGGCUAGCGCGGCGCCGCUGCGGUUCGCGACCGGCACCAUGGACAGCGGCACCAACUUCCCGAUGGUCUACUCGCUGGCGCAGUGCACGCCGGACCUGUCCGCCGGCGACUGCCUGGCGUGCCUGCAGCGCCUCGUGGGCAAGAUCAACGCCACCAUGGCGCUGCGCAUGGGCGCGCAGAUCCACGUCAUGCGCUGCUACUUCAGGUACGAGGCCUACGUGUUCUACGACGGCCAGCCCAUGCUGCGGAUCAACGGCUCGCUAUCGCCGGCGCCGACGCCAGAGCCGACGACCACUCCGACAAAGCGCAAGAGCAAGCUGUGGGUGAUUCCCGUUGUCGCGGUUCCUCUGCUAGCGGCGGCAUCGCUCUGCUUCGUCUUCUACUCCCCAUGCUUCAAAAGGUACAGGCGGAAAGGUAAAGCGACGAGGGCAGGAUCAAGGCGUACUCAGGACGAGGACGAGCUCGUUUUGGACGGCAAGAAUUCAGACUUCUCGGUGUUCGACUUUGAACAGAUUCUGGAUGCCACAGACAAUUUUGCGGAAGAAAACAAACUUGGGCAAGGUGGAUUCGGCGCUGUAUACAAGGGCCAUUUCCCUGAUGGACUGGAGAUAGCAAUCAAGAGACUUGCUUCACACUCAGGGCAAGGUUUCACCGAGUUCAGGAAUGAAGUCCAGCUCAUAGCCAAGCUCCAGCACAGGAACCUCGUUAGGCUCUUGGGGUGUUGCUCUCAGGAAGACGAGAAAAUAUUGGUCUAUGAAUACCUGCCCAACAAGAGCCUGGACUUCUUCAUCUUUGACCAAGAUAAAAGAGCUUUACUGGAUUGGUCCAAACUUCUGGCAAUCAUUGAAGGAAUAGCACAUGGACUUCUCUACCUACAGAAGCACUCCCGUUUGCGCGUCAUACAUAGGGAUCUGAAACCAAGCAACAUCCUCUUGGAUGGCGAAAUGAAUCCAAAAAUUUCAGAUUUCGGGCUAGCAAAAAUAUUCAGCUCAAACAAUACCGAAGGAAACACUACAAGAAGAGUGGUCGGCACAUAUGGCUACAUGGCUCCGGAGUAUGCUUCGGAGGGCAUCUUCUCUAUCAAGUCCGAUGUAUUCAGCUUCGGUGUUGUUGUUCUUGAGAUACUUAGCGGAAAACGGAAUUCCGGGAGCCAUCAGUGUGGCGAUUUCAUUAAUCUCAUUGGAUAUGCAUGGCAACUAUGGGAAGAGGGAAGGUGGGCUGAUCUUGUUGAUGCAUCCUUGGUCCCCAAGAGUCACUCAGUAGAAAUGAUGCGGUGCAUUAACAUUGCAUUGUUGUGCGUACAAGAGAAUGCGGUCGAUCGACCCACUAUGGCAGAUGUUGUUGCACUUCUAAGCAGCGAGACUAUGGUUCUGGCCGAGCCAAAGCAGCCAGCAUAUUUUAAUGUGAGGGUGGGAAAUGAAGAAACAUCCAUUACUGGAACGGACUCUUGUAGUAUCAAUGAUGUCACCAUAUCCGUAACAACUCCAAGACAGGUAGCCAUGGCGGCCGUCAACAUUUUGAUGCUCGUCUUGGUGGUGGUGCUGCUGCCAUGGCGGGCCGCGGCGAUCGGGAGGGUGUGCGGCAACGCCGGCAACUACGCGGCCAACGGCACGUACCAGAGCAACCUGGUGUCCCUGUCCAGGAGCCUCCCCGGCAACACCUCCUCCUCCGCGCAGCUCUUCGCCAACGCCACCUCCGGCCAGGCCGGGGCCCCCGACGCGGUGUACGCGCUGGCGCUGUGCCGCGGCGACAUGACCGACAACCGCACCGGCUGCAGCGCCUGCGUCGCCGGCGCGUUCCGGCACGCGCAGCAGAGCUGCCCCAGCGGCAAGGCCGCCGCCGUGUACGACGACGACUGCUUCAUCGGCUUCUCCGACAGCGGCGCCAUCCUCGUCGCCGCUAGUAAUAGUCGAGACAGGAGCACCCUGUUCCAGUUGUGGUACGGGUUGAGCAUCCCCGGCCGUGACCCCGCCGCGGUGGGCGCCGGCGUCCGUGACAUGCUCAACCAGACCGCCCAGCUCGCGGCCGCCAGGACCUCCAGGUUCGUCACCGCCUUCAUGGACGGCUCCAGCGGCGCCAUCAGGACGACGCUCUACUCCACGGCGCAGUGCACGCCGGACCUGUCCGCCGCCGACUGCCUGGCGUGCCUGCAGGGACUCGUCGGCGUGCUCAACGCCACCACGUCGGUGCGCCAGGGGGGGCGCAUCCUCGUCCUGCGCUGCAACCUCAGGUACGAGAGCAUGAGUUUCUUCAACGAUAACAACGCCACCAUGGUCCGGAUCACGCCGUCGUCGUCGCUGGCUCCGCCGGCUCCCACCAGCGACGACAGUACGAGAGCUAGGCCGCCCUGGGUGAUUCCCCUGAUCGUGGCACAUCCUGUGGCGGCGCUUCUGGCGCUGCUCUGCUUCGCCGUCUUCUACUGCCGCCGCCGACGAACGAGAUACAGAAAAGGCAAUGUCAGAUUCUUACGACGAAACAAGCGCAACAACUUGCAGCAGCAGCAAGGAGGGGAUGAGCAACUGGACUGGGAAAUGGAAGCCGAGCUCUCCGAGUUUUCGGUCUUCGACUUUGAUGAGAUACUGGAUGCCACAGAUAACUUUUCUGAGGAGAACAAACUUGGGGAAGGUGGCUUUGGCCCCGUAUAUAAGGGUCAGUUUCCUGAUGGAGUUGAGAUAGCUGUUAAGAGGCUCGCUUCACAUUCAGGACAAGGUUUUGUGGAGUUCAAGAACGAGGUACAACUUAUAGCCAAACUCCAGCACACAAAUCUCGUUAAGCUCUUGGGAUGCUGCUCUCAAGGAGACGAGAAAAUCUUGGUCUAUGAAUACCUUCCAAACAAAAGCUUGGACUUCUUUAUCUUUGACGAAACUAGAAAAACUUUAUUGGAUUGGAACAAAUGCCUAGAUAUAAUUGAAGGGAUAGCAGAAGGACUUCUCUACCUGCACAAGCACUCCCGGUUGCGUGUCAUACAUCGAGACCUUAAACCAAGCAACAUUCUCUUGGACAACGAAAUGAAUCCUAAAAUUUCUGACUUUGGGCUAGCAAAAAUAUUUAGCUCAAAUAAUACCGAAGAAAGCAUUACAAGGAGAGUGGUCGGUACAUACGGCUAUAUGGCUCCUGAGUAUGCAUCCGAGGGCCUCUUCUCUAUCAAAUCUGAUGUAUUCAGCUUUGGUGUUCUCCUUCUUGAGAUCCUCAGCGGAAAAAGGAAUUCUGAUAGCCACGAAUGUGGAGAUUUUAUCAAUGUUCUUGGAUAUGCAUGGCAAUUAUACGAAGAGGAAAGAUGGAGUGAACUCAUUGAUACAUCUUUGGUACCCAUGCAUAACUCGGUUGAAAUAAGGAGGUGCAUGAACAUUGCACUGCUAUGUGUUCAAGAGAACGCAGCUGAUAGACCAACCAUGUUAGAUGUUGUUGCAAUGCUAAGUAGCAAGACUAAGAUCCUGGCUGAGCCAAAGCACCCAGCAUAUUUCAAUGUACGGGUAGGAAAUGAAGUGACAUCCACUACGGCUACCCAGUCAUGCAGUAUCAAUGACAUGACCAUAUCUAUCACAACUGCUAGAUAGUUUUUAUUUUUGUCGUGUGGGUUUUACUGAGAUAAUGUAUAAAACUAUGGCACUCUAGAGGUUACAUAGUGCUUAGUUUAAGUGACAUAAUUUGUAUAUAUGUUUUUCUAUUUAUCUUGAUUGAGAUGUACCUUUUGGAGGUCGUUUUCUUGAGAAAACAGCGGGCGAAGCGGCUCUUGCUACUGAUAUAUUUAUAUAUGUUGAUCUAUAAGUUAUUUACA